UAUCAGUCGCAUUGCCGGAAAAUUGGUAUGCAUGUGAUAACUUCUUGGGAUUUGCUGUAUGUUACUCUGGCUGCUUAAUAGACACCACGGCUCAAUUGUUAUGUGAUAAAAGGAUGCCGUGUAUCACGCAGUAUCUUGCCUUAUCCAACCAUUCAGAAGGAUUUCCAGAAUCUGCUAUUCAUUUUUUCUUGGUACCUCUUGCUGGCUUAUGGGAUAUAUCCAAGGCAAAUGGAAAAACACCAAAUGAUUAUAGGCACAUUGCGUUAUCUUUUUCGGAAGAGUUGAAGGAGUUUGGACUUCGUUUGCUGUAUAAAGAUGAAUCUAAGCUUAAGGCCUUGUUUCAAAUGAGGGAAAAUAAUGAUGAACCAACAGAACACUGCGUCGUGAAAAGGAGGGGUCAAUAUGAUGAAGCCAGAUGCUCUUCUUCUAAGAAACAAAGGUCACAGCUCUAAUAUUUGUCUUUGAGAAUCUGCAGCAACAACCAGUCUCUUCACAAUCUUUGCUGCUCUAGUCUCUCUGCUUCUGCUGAGCCAUGAAAGAAGUAGCUAUGGAUGGUUAUGCAAAAAUGAAUGCUGCGAUCGCUAAGGCUGAGAAGGAAGAGUGGGCACAGGAAGAGAUUGAUCGGAUGCCGUUCGGACAGCGAAUGAACUCACUGAUGGGCAAGAGCAAGCCCGGUGCGAAAGCUUCUUCCAGUGGCCGUUCUACUCAAGGGACUGCACAAGUGUUGAAGUCUUCAGUUGAUACCGUUGUGAAAAAGGAAGAUGAAUGUGAUUCACAGGAUAACCCUUCCAAUUUUUCCAGCAUACUCAUGGAUGACAAGAUUUCUCAAAGUGCUGGGAAAAAGAAAGUUAGUUCUCCUUUAUCGGACCUUGUACAUGUCAAGGUUGAACCUGUGGGUAACAAUAUGGUUGAAACUACUGUGAAGAAUGAAAUGGGUAAUUUUCCCAAUAGUAGCAUGGUUCGGGUGAAAAGUGGAGUUGGAAUAACAUAUGAAUUUACUGAAGACGAACUGGAUAAUAUGGCGUUAUCAGAGCGAAUGCAGCUGUACUCUAAGAGAAGGGCUCCUUCAUUCGAGAUAGGUAGAGUUGUAGAGUGCUCAAGCGAAAUAGCUUCUUCUGUCUCUGAUUGCGCACCCAUUUCAGCUGUGCCAGCCAAACCACGAAAAGUUUGCCCGCCACGGAAACAAAGGAAAACUGCCACAGAUUCAGUUCAAGCAGCAAUGGAGGAAGAUGCUCCUGGACUCUUGCAGGUAUUACUUGAAAAAGGUGUAAGCAUCGAUGAGAUGAAGCUUUAUGGGAAAAAUGAGAGUAAUGAGCCUCUUGAUGACUUGUCCUCUGAAGACAACUUCUCAGAGCUUCAAGCUGUUAUAUCUAAGCUUUUCUCCGUCCAACGGCAGUCAUUAAUAAAGCUGGCUCCUCUCCAGCGUACAAAAGGUGAAAAAGCUAGCUAUUGUUUAGCUUGUCUGUUUUCCCUCAUUGAGCAGGCACGAUAUCUACAGUUCCGGAAGUGGCCUGCUGAAUGGGGAUGGUGCCGAGAUCUCCAGUCUUUUAUUUUUGUCUUUGAAAGGCAUAACAGGAUUGUGCUGGAACGUCCUGAAUAUGGCUAUGCAACAUACUUUUUUGAACUGGUGGAUUCCUCCACCAUUGAUUGGCAAAUCAAGCAAUUGGUAACUGCUAUGAAGCUCACUAGCUAUAGCAGAGUCAACCUAAUCGAGAAUAGAGCACUGACGGUAGGAAAAGAUCUUAGUGAAGGAGAAGCGAGGGUACUAAUGUCAUAUGGUUGGAUACGUAACACCGGUUUGGGAACGAUGCUCAAGUAUUGUGAUAGAGUUAUUCAUGACAGGAUAACGGAGAAAGAUGGCUCGGAGUGGAAGUCGAAAAUUGAGAAGUUGCUUGUGGCUGGAUACAGUGGUGGUUCCAUAGUUGAAAACCCUGUGGACCACAAUGUUGCUCAGAGUGGCCCUGAAAUCAAGUUAGAACUAGAGUAAAACCUAGCUUUACUUAUCAAAAAUCUUGUAAAUGUCCAUCCUUUGUAAACUAGCCUAAAAUGCUUUUUUGUACAUACUUUUGACUAGCUGGCUGUCUAAACUUAGUUUGUAUUAUAAAAAGGAGGCAAUUGCAUUACCCUUUAAUGAAACUGCAUGUGGUUA